AUGCAAGAGUCGCAAAUUAAUCUAGCCAUUCAAGCUAUUGCUUCAUCCAAAAAACUAAGUGUGCGAAGAGCUGCUAAAAUCUAUAAUAUACCGCAUACUACCCUUAUCUACAGAAUAGCUGGUCGAAUGCCGAAAGCUGGAUCUCGAUCAAUACAUUGUAAAAUGAUGGAAUUAGAGGAGAAAUCGCUUUUUCAAUAUAUAAUUGAUAUGGACGAGAGAGGGUUUAGUCCUCGAAUAAGUGAUGUGGAAGAUAUAGCGAAUUAUAUACUCGAAACACGGGGUGCGAAGAAGGUUGGAAAGCUCUGGGCUUAUCGCUUUGUGAAACGAUAUACAGAAUUAAAGAUGUGUUUUAAUCGCGUUUAUGACUUUCAAAGAGCUCUCUACGAAGAUUCAGAGCUUAUUGAAAGAUGGUUUCGAUUAGUAUCGAAUAUGCGGGCCAAAUAUGGUAUUCUAGACUGCGAUUUCUACAACUUCGAUGAGACAGGCUUUAUGAUGGGACAAAUAUCACCAUAUAUAGUAGUUACUAAAGCUGAUCGAUAUGGAAAAAGCAAAGCUAUACAGCCAGGCAAUCGGGAAUGGGUUACAGUGAUUAUUUGUAUUGAUGGAGAAGGUUAUAAUAUACCUUUGUUUUUGAUAGUAAAAGGCGAAUACCAUCUUUCAAAUUGGUAUACCGAAGACGAUUUACUAUACGAUUGA